UAGUAUUGGUAGAGAAUGUGUAGUAUAUGGAGCAGUGAAUGGGUGUGUAGUGAAUAUUAGUAUUACUAACACUGGUGGCAUUAUUAGUGUUAGUGGUAGUAUUGGCUGAAUUGGCAUUAGUAUUAUUAGUAGUGAGUGUGUAGGGAAAGUGAGUCAGUGUGUGUGUGUGUGUGUGUGUGUGUAGGGUUAGUGAGCAGGCUGUGAUUUAGGACGCGUCCCGGGCAGAUCCCUGCUCCCGUGUGUGGGAAGCGUUUCAUAUGAACACAGCUGUAACUUCAGUCAGAGCGUUGAGUCUCUCCUCCGUGUGUAACAUGGCCCGAGGACACCAGAAGAUCCAAUCUCAGCAGAAAAAUGCCAAGAAGCAGGCUGAGAUCAAGAAGUCGAAAGGCCACGACCAGAAGACAGCAGCAAAGGCUGCGCUGGUGUACACGUGUGGUGUCUGCAGGUCGCAGAUGCCGGAUCCGAAAACGUUCAAGCAGCACUUUGAGAGCAAACAUCCCAAAAAUCCUCUUCCUCCGGAGCUGGUGGGUGUGGAAGCCUGAGCGUCGCUCCCCAAACCUGCGCUGCGGCUUCACGGUCAAAGACUGUUAAUGGUGUCAACUGUUUCCCCAACGGCAAAAAAAAAACCGCACGCAGACGCCUGCCUGUCUGCCUGUCUGUCUGUCUGUCUGUCUGUCUAUCUGUCUGUGUGUCUGUCUGAUCAAAUACACACUGGUUUGGUGUUUAAUCCGUGUAACUCACCGCUGCGCUGGUGUACGGUGGGGCUGAUGAUAAACGGCUGACGGGUGUGUGUUCCCGAUAGAAUUCUAGAAGUACCGUAUUUUCCGGAUUAUACAGAUCUAAUCUAUAAAUACAGUGAUGCGAUAGCGACUUCUGUGUUCUGCUAACAUUGCACCUGCUCACGUUCCCGCCUUCGUUUGACCUUCUAAAGAUAAGUAUUAUUUUAACAGCCAGCGUCUUUUAAGGUGUCGCGUACGGCGAACGUUACGGAACGACAAGCAAGCUGUAUAUUGUUGUUAAUUAUACAGCAGAGUGAUGUAAGUAUUUCUGAUUUCUUCUUCCUCAAGAGACCGGCGGAAUUAUUCAGCAUUGGAUCUUGUACUCUGGAAAAUACGCUCAUCCGAACCUGUGGUUGAAUGGAUUUUACCUGAUUUUUGGGGGGUUUUUGUUUUUCUAAUUUCUCAGAGAUGCCUGGAUGUAAACGAGGGUGAUUACCACUUUACUAUACUCCUUUAAUUUCGCUGCAGAAAUACUGAUUAUUCAUCACUGGAAUGGUGUUCAGAAAUCUGUAUUGGAGACGACGUCCACACUUCUGUCACCUGCUUCCUGCACCAAUGUAAUAUAACAUCCUAAUAAAGUCUAAUUUUCUUUA